AUGGGUGCUAAUAAUAAUGAAGCUCCGCUCAAAAGUGCUACCAGCAAUCAGGGACUCGGCGGAAAUGAGCUUUUGUUAAAGUUUAUCAACUCUGCGCAUUUCACGCUAUACAACAAUAUUGAGUACCUGACUCGAUAUGCACAUAAUGUGGGUAUUCAUUUUUACUUGUGUCAGAAGCUUCUGACUUUCCCACACAAUGAGCUCCAGUUUUACAUACCACAGCUAGUUCAGGUCUUGCUUACAGUUGAGACAGAGUCAAUUGCCCUGGAAGAGCUGCUGUUGAGACUGAGCUCCGAAAAUCCUCAUUUUGCUUUGCUUACUUUCUGGCAGCUGCAGGCUCUUCUGGCAGACCUUUCCAACGACCCCUCGAGUUAUGGAUUCCAGAUAGCGCGAAGAGUAAUCAACAACCUUCAAUUUAUUUUGUUCAACACAUCCAAACAAACCCUGGAUCAGGAGAAGAUGCAUGAGAAUAUAGCUCCAGCCAUGGUUUUAUCAUCAAUGAUCUUUGCGGGAAUUGGUUUCCCGCAGCUUGGCGAAUCAAUUCAACCAUUAGUCCAAUCUCAAGGAAAGAGGCAAAAAAGCUAUGUGUUUAAACUUGCCAAAAAUGCAAUGCGCAACUUGACGAAAAACCUUACGAUAAAAAAUGCACUGGUCGGUCAAAAAGAUUCGACCAGCACAAAAAAAGAUCACCUGCAUUCGCCCAUGGAUGUAAUAGACGACAGAAAAACAAAAGAGGAUAUGCUUUUCAAAAAGCCGCGCGAAGUGCCGGUUAGGGUUCUUAAUUUCGACAUUAUUGAUGAUGUCGGAGAGAAAAUGUUCCAAGAACGCAUAUCAAAUUCCAUCAAAAUGCCAAAGAGAAGAAAGUCAAUUGACCAGUCUUAUGUUCAUAGAUUUUAUCAGCAAAACAUGGAUGGGGGUAACACGGGCUCCAUUUACGAAGACGAAUACACAAACUCGAUGCCUGACCUUCACGAUGAAGUUGAUAAAUGCUUGUCUACUGCAUCCAUAAACUCGGCCGCAUCCAUGAGGGCACGGCAAUCGGAAGAGUUUUCUGAUGUUAUUAGCAGGGUCAACUCUGAGCCACUCACGGGAGGGGACACCAAUCAACGCAGGGCGUUAGAACAUGUGAGGAAAACAUCACGGCAUGGUGCCAAUCUUAAUAAUCUAGAUCCAGCCCAAUUAACUGUUUCCAAGAGAAUCAAAAUUCUGAAAUCCAACUACUUUCGUUGUGAAACUCAACUAGCUAUUGCACUAGAAUCUAUUUCUCAGCGGUUGGCUCAAGUUCCCACUGAAGCUCGUCUCAGUGCUUUGCGAGCUGAGUUAUCUCUGCUUAAUCGAGAUUUGCCUGCUGAGGUAGAUAUUCCUACAUUGCUUCCAACGAACAAAAAGGGAAAGCUUCACAAACUUGUUAAUAUUACCGCUAAUGAAGCUCAAGUUUUGAAUUCGGCCGAGAAAGUACCCUUUUUGCUCCUUAUCGAAUACUUGCGAGAUGAUAUGGAUUUCGAUCCUACCACUGAAGAGAACGAACAACUUUUGAGGGAAAGACCUGAUGAGGGCAGUUUCAUAUUUGACUUGAGCUACAUUAAUAAGAACAUCCAGAAUACCAACACAUCUCUCGAGGAAUCGAUCUUCGCGAAUACAGCACCGAGCGCAAGCCCUCAAAUGAAAAACGAAACCUUCAACGGUGGUAAAGAAGUUGAUCUAGGUGAUGUUUCAGUGAUAAAAUUAACUAAUCAAACUGAAGCUAAUGCAUUGAGACAUGAAAUAAUGGUUCAAACAGCCACAAAGGUUCCGGUAAUUCCAGAUGAGUCAAGUCACAGAAAUCCUGAGCUUCAGUUUUUGGCCAAUUUGGAAGACAUUACUACUGAACUACGCAGUCUGGAUACGCGCGAUGUUAAGGCAAAUUCCGCUGAAGAGCUUGCAACACAAAUGCGAAUUUCCGCAGUCAUGCUUGCACAGCUGGAUAAAUCUCCACAUCAAUUGAAUGAUUCCAAAAAUCAAAUCAGGGCAAAGAUCAUUGCCUCAAUGCAGGAGGUUCAGGAUAGAUUUGGCUUCAGCGAUUUGGACUCAAUUCAUGGCAUGGCUGGCCAAAGAAAGCUUGAAAAUGAUUUAAAGACAGGAGGAAUGCUUGGUACAAAAAGAGAGGCAUCGUAUUUAGGCGAAGACUGGGCAGCCAAGAAAGAGCGUAUCAAAAAAACGUCUGAGUAUGGGCAUAUGGAGAAUUGGGAUUUGUGUUCGGUGAUUGCUAAAUCUGGGGAUGAUCUUAGACAGGAGGCCUUUGCCUGCCAAAUGAUUCAAGCCAUGGCGAACAUUUGGGCCAAGGAAAAUGUUGGCGUUUGGGUCAAAAAGAUGAAGAUUUUGAUCACAAGCGCCAAUACGGGGCUGGUCGAAACAAUAACGAAUGCGAUUUCGAUUCACAGUAUUAAGAAAUCUUUGACCACCAAGAUGGUCCAAGAAGGAGUUUUAGAUGAAAAAGGAAGAAUUGCAACAUUAACUGACCAUUUUCUGCGAGCUUACGGUGACCCUCAAAGCUUCAAAUACAAAAGGGCACAAGACAAUUUCGGUGCCAGUCUCGCUGCGUAUUCCAUCAUCUGUUACAUUUUGCAGGUAAAAGACCGCCAUAACGGUAAUAUCAUGAUAGAUAACGAGGGCCAUGUCGUCCAUAUCGAUUUUGGAUUUAUGCUUUCCAAUUCCCCGGGUUCCGUCGGGUUCGAAUCCGCCCCAUUUAAACUCACUUACGAGUAUGUCGACUUGCUUGGUGGCAUUGAAGGAGAACCCUUCAAAAAAUAUGUCAGUUUGACCAAGGACGCCUUUAAAGUAGUGAGAAAGUACGCCGAUCAACUCGUGUCGAUGUGCGAGAUCAUGCAAAAGGAUAACAUGCAGCCUUGUUUCAAUGCCGGUGACCAAACGAGCAUGCAGCUUAGACAAAGAUUUCACGGGGAACUUAGCGACUCGGAAUGCGACGAAUUCAUUGAUAAUGUCUUGAUCGGCAAAUCCUUCGGCAGCAUAUACACCCGCUUGUACGACCAGUUUCAGUUGAUAACCCAGGGCAUAUAUUCAUAA